CCCGUCGGGGCAAGCCUCCAGAGCAUGGAGGCGCGCCUCCAGGCUUCGCUGCAGACGGCAGUGGCGACGGCCAGCGCGAGCAUGUCCCAGGUCUUCCAGGACACAGUCAUCGACCUGGCGAAGCAGAACGAUGCGCGAUUCCAAGCGAUGGAGGACCGCAUCGCGCCAGUUGGGGCGAGGAUGAACGACCUCGACCGACUGCAGAAGGAUAUCCAGAUGCUCAUGGACGGGUUGGUUGUGCUCAACUCGGGAGUCUCGGUGCCGCAGACGGGCGGCAACUUGGACAGAGACCUUGACCCUGCGGUUGCCACGGUCUUUGCGAAGACGGCGUUGGCGAGCAGGUUCCUGCGGCGCUGCAAGGGCGCGGCCACGCUCGCCGAGAGGAGGGCCAGCACGCUCCUGCAGCUCAUACGGCUUGGCAAGCGCCAGUGGCGCGAGGUGCAUGCGCUGGCCCCGACAGGCGUGCAGGUCAACCUCAAUCUGGGCAAGGGCCGCAAUCGACGACAGGUCAGCCACGAGCUUGCGCUCAAAAAGAUCAGGCAGGGCAUCGAGAGGAUGCUCCCGCGCGAGCUGUUCAUGAAGAAGGAUGCGGCCGCGCUCUCGCCCCAGUGGGCCCAGCUGCUGCGAGUGGAGAUCGCGUCGCCCACCGCGCGCCCGGAGAUCAUUUGGAACGCGGCCUGCAUCAGGGAGUUCGAUCUCAACAAGGACGAGCUGGCGGAGGCAGCGGCGCAGGUGCUGCAGCCCGAGGCUCAGGAAGGGGUGUCUUUAACCGCAUGGCGCGCUGCUGGGGCGGCGCGCAGAGUGGCGCCGCUGGGGCGGCGCAGUUCGCUUCCUGGAAUGCCCGGGCCUUCGCGAGUGACUCCCCCGAAGAUCGUCAAGCGCAAGUUGCCAUGCCUGCAGACGCACUGGCGGGGGCCAGUCGUCCUGGGAAUGCAGGAGACGCGCGCGGGCGUUGAGGCCACGCAGCAGCUGCUUGGCGCGCGGGCUGACGCGGGAGGCGCGGCCGCUUUCUUCCCUGCGCAGACCAGCGGAGAGCGCGUCGUCAGUGUUCCGCCCCAUGCGAUUCCUGGCCGUGCCCUCCGAGUCAUGGCAUCGCUGCCUGGCGCCGAGCUGCGCCGCUGGAACGUGCGCAACUUCGGCUUCGCGGCGGAGAUGCGGCACUGGCAUCAGGGCCUGCGCCUGGCCUCCGGGAUCGGCAAAGCUUUGGUCAGUGAGCCGCGCCGGGCCCAGUGCAAGCAGCGGCGAGACGCCUCGGUGCGCGGCGAGCCGAGGGAGCUCCAGGCCAAUGGCCCCGCUCCGAUCCCGGGGAAGCUGGUGAAGCCCCCGCGCUACCGGGAGAUCGUGGCAUGCUACUGCGAGGAGGUCCGCCAGGAGCAUCUGGCGCCACCCGACGCCUACGCCGCGUGCGUCGCGACCCUGCAGACAGCGGCCAAGCUCCUGCAGGCCGAUCUGCUGCUGGCGACCGACGGGGGCGCGAAGGGCGCGAACGCUAUGAUCUGGCGACAGCUCGCGAGGGCGCUCUGGCGCCAGGGCGCCAAGCUGGCGCGCGUCGCGAUGGCGCAGAACGCCUGGGCCUGCGAGGGCCAGUCCGAACGGGCGGUGCUCAAGGGCCACGCGGAGUUCGAGCGCCGCUUUUUGCUGGCUCAGCGACGAGAGGCGGCGGCCAGGAUGCGCGAGGCGCAGCCCGAGGCUGAGGUGGAGUCGGCCGCGGAGCUGCGCAAGCUCAUGCUGGCGCAGGCCCGCGCCCUGCGGAGGCGCCCCCAGCUGCGGGCCCCGCGGGGGGCCCGGCAACGCCUCGCCGCCCAGGGCACGGUGGCGGCACUGGCGGCCCACCGGGCGCUUGUCUUCGCGCCGCCCCGGGGCCCCGCCGUCGAGCGGAGGAGGGCGCAGAUGCAGGAGAAGUACCUGAUGCGGUUCGCCACGCCCGAACCUGAGUGGGACUAG